AUGUUCAAUAAGAAUUCGUCGUUACAACGUUCAUGUCUUCCCACUAACGAUAGUCGUCGUAAUUCAACCACAGGCUCAUCGCGUAUUCUAUCGCCCAUUGCUUUUUUUCACGAUGGCAUUAGCAGAAAUGUUGUCGAUUUACGUUUUAAUAUGAUGGGACCACAUAGACGAGCGCAAGCUAUAGCAACAGCUCCACGUCGAAAUCGAAAUGAUGAUGAUGAUGACCAUGAACAAAAGAAAAUUCUUUUUGAAUUCAUUAAAACAAGUUCUGUUCCGAUUCCUAUUGCAUCUGUAACUCAACAAACACAAACGGUACCUAAAAAUCAAUCUGACGUGAAUCUCAUUCCAAGUUUAGCUGGUGAUAGAUCUGAACGAUAUUCAAGUUAUGAAUUCAAUUAUCUCUAUCGUGAUAAAUUAAGUUCAAAUCGAUUCUCACCUGAGUCUUUAUCGUGA